AUAUUUGGUCCGGCUUAUGUUGGUAACAGCUGGUUGAGGCUGGCAACACCGACGAUCACCUUCUUUGUUUAAAGGCGAUCUGUCGUGCAAUGUAAUGGCGAGCUCUCUGCUGCUUCGCCCGUUGGGAUGACGGCACGCUGUUGGGCGUGUCAUUGAUGCUACGGGACGAGGAACGUGUGGAAAUGUUGUGCUGCCGCCGCUUAUUUGAUAACGUUUAAGUGGCGUGUGGUGUGCGGGGUGCUGCUGACCAUGCUGGGGCAGGGCAUGAUGCUGGGCUUCCCCUCGUGUCUGCUGCCGGCGCUGCUGGAAGGCGACUCAGGGAUCAAAACCGAUUUGGAAACGGCGUCUUGGCUUGCAUCAUCGGUCGGGUUGUCUAGCGUCAUCGGCUUCUUGUCAUCUUCGUACCUCAUGGAGCCCUGCGGCAGACGCGCCGCGUUCGCGCUGGCCACGACCCCCGGCGCGCUGGGCUGGCUGCUCGUCUACUUCGCGGCAGACGUCCCCGCUCUGAUGCUCGGGAGGAUCCUCGGCGGGAUCUCCGGCGGCGCCACCGUCACUCUUGCAGCCAUAGUUUUAGGAGAAUACACCAGUCCAGAAAAUAGGGGAAUGUUCUUAAAUUUGAAAUCAGCGUUUGUAUGCGUUGGGAGCAUGGCUGUCCAUAUUCUUAACAAUUACUUUGAUUGGAGGAAUAUUGCAUUAAUUGCUUUAUUCCCUUUUGUUACAGCCUUUGGUGUAGUUUGCUCCUGGGAUGAAAGUCCGUCUUGGUUGGCCUCUAAGGGAUAUCUGGAAAAGAGCGAAGACGUUUUCUUUAACCUAAGAGGACGAACCGAAAGAACUUAUCAAGAAUUUACUGAUUUGCUGAAAUUGCAAAAAGAGCAGUUAGCAAAACAGAGUUGUUCAAAAUUUAAAAGCGUCGGGAAUUUUUGCAGUACAUUAACGAAAAAACAGUUUAUGAAACCAUUAUUAAUAGUCGUUGUUUCUAGUAUUUUGUCGGAAUUUAGCGGCAGACAUAUAUUUCCUGCUUACGCUUCUCAAAUAAUCGGAGAAAUAACUGGAGACAAAACACAGUCUUUCUACUACACGUUAUCAAUAGACGUAAUAAUAACAUCAAGUAUUACUUUUUCGUCAGUUUUAGUGAGAAUAAUGAAAAGGCGCAUAUUAUUACUUUCCACGGGAUUAUUAUCGUUCCUUGUUCUAAUUUCUGUCUGCGUCUAUUUACAUUUUACGCCAAAAGAUUCAGUAUCAAGCAACAAUACUUGGAUACCUUUGUGUUUGCUUGUAAUUUAUUUUAUAGUUGCAAAUUUAGCUUGUACACCUUUUCCGUACAUAAUAAUUGGAGAGAUAUUUCCACUAGUUCACAAAGGGAUUGGCGCAGCAGUCACUGGAAUAUUUUUAUCUUUACUUUUAAUGAUCGCUUUAAAAAUCACACCAUUCUUGUUGACAACUCUGAGUGUUGACGGAACUUUUUCUAUUUUCGCAGUAGUUAUAGGUAUUUGUCUGGUUGUGUUAUAUUUCAUUCUUCCGGAAACCAAAGACAAAACUUUGCCUGAAAUUGAGAAAAUGAAUAUCGAUGAUAUUGAAGGCCCUGGCUACAAAGCAGUUGAAAGAGAAAUCAUUAACUAAAUAUUGUAAAAUAAUAAAUUAGAUUUAAAAAUA